UUUAUGUUUAUCCGCUUCUUCAUUCCAACAUGUGUUUAUUUUUUAUUUUUAUAUUUGUUUGUUCGAGGAGUAGCAAGCAUGUGUUCAAUUUAUUUUUAUUUUCAUUUUAAGCUUAUUUGUUACAUUUCUUCGAUUUUUCUGCCAAAUUUUUUUAUAUUUUUUUUUAAUUUAUUACUAUUCUAUUAUAUUUAGAAUCGAGAAUUAUCGGUUCCAUCGUUUCUCCAAUUAACCGGAACCGAACCUGUUGUAUCCGCCCCUGCAGAAGGAAUAUGAAUGAAUAAAAAUAAUCCAUCAUCGGGUAGCAUAGUCUGUUGUGCUUUCGGUUUGGGCCUUUUCCAUGAUGGUUCUAUUCCAUCUUCUAUCCAAACAAUUUUUCCACAAAAUGAACUCGUAUAUACUUAUAGAUCCAAUAACCCGAACCGAAAAUUUCUGUUAAUUGAAACCGAUAAACCAAACCGGUUGAAACCAGACAACCCUACUAGAGUCACUCUUGGGACGAAGGUACAACGCGCAUCUUGGACAAAAUAUCAUUUAUAGGGCAAAACGCCAAACAAGAAAUCUAUGCUAAGUUGAGGAAAAUGGCAUUUCCGGGAUCCAUAACGGGAUUUUUUUUAAAUUUUUACGAGACAGAAUCCCUCGGGAUUAAUCCAAUAAAUCCCAUAAAUCCCGAUAAUCCCGUUCGGAAGUCUGUCCCGUCCGCACUCUAUACUUAAAUUUAUUUUUCUUCUCUUUAUUUUCCAGAUCUUAACAAUCUUGAAAUUUUUCCAAAUCCAACUGUUUAUGAUUUAUUUCUACUUAAUAUCAAAUUAAUUAUAAUGACAAUGCAUUGUGGAGGAACUCGUUGUGCAAAAGAUUCGUGCAGGUGUACUUGUGCUUGCCAAUUUGCUUGUAUGGGGCCUUGUGCUAAAUGCAGAAGGCAUCAAAUGUUAAGACAAUGCUUACUUUCUAAGGGAGCCAAUAUUUGUGGACAAUGUUGUGGCCAUUCAAUUUGCGAGUCAGGCUGGAGUGACACCAAAAGUAGACGAAAUGUAACAACAUCUAGAACAACCUCGUAUUAUUAAAAAACUUAAUUAUUUUGAGAAUUGCAAAAGUUGUGUAUAUUACACAGAUAAUAAAAAUUUUUGUAAAGUCUUAGCAAUAGAUCUAAAAACAAAUUAUCGAGAUCAAGAUUUUCGCAUAGUAAAUUUUUUUAUUUCUCGAGCUUAU